UUACAACUCCACAAAGAUUCGGUGGUAAUGGUGGCUUGCUUAUUGUGACUUUGAAAGACUCGUUUGAUCUAAUGACUAAAAAUUCCACUCGUAACGCACUCGAGUAAGUCUUUAUUAGUAACUGAAGUCGAGUGUAUUUAAUAGAAAAAUGUAUAGAGACGCUUUAGACAACGUGUCUGCGUUUAAUGCCAAGUUAUGUUUCGAGAGAAAAAUGCGAGCGCCAUUUUUAGACGCGCAAACCGGAAUAGCUAUGAACAACUGCAAUCUCUGGUUGAGCAAGUUUAUGCGUAGAGAACCUGAAAGUUCACAGUACAUCUACACAUAUCCUGCUAGACGGUGGCGCAAGAAAAAACGAGUUUAUCAACCAGAGAAAAGCGAAGAGGAGAAAGGGAGCUUAGUAGAGGAAGAGCCAUCAUCAUUCACCGAAGCAGAGGGUGAACAAGCAUUGGAAUAUGUGGACUCACAACAGAUGGGUAGGGCAGAAGAGUUCACAGAAGAAGACACACUGGGGCUAGAAGCCAGUAGCGACUUAGAUGAAGACGUAGAAGAGCAGCUGUCAUCGGAUGAUGAGGAAGUCGAGCUCGGGAAAAGAAGGCGUGGUCGUCCUGGCCGCAAGAAGGGUUAUGGUUCUUCUUCACAGCUCCACACAGUCCCACGUCCAUCACCACUCUUCUCAGGCUCCAUGAUAGUCCGAAACAUAACAAAGGAGGAAUUAGCACGAAUGACACCAGAGGAUCGAAAGAAACCCUACGUCUGUGAAAUUUGCGGCAGACGAUACAAGAAUGGUCCUGGUUUAAAGUACCAUUAUACCCACUAUAACCAUGACCAGGACAAUACUAGCAAUGCCGCCCAAGAUGAUCACUCCAUCUCUCUUCCCUCCACUCCUGCCGCUCUGGCUGUAGACUCACCCAAGGCACCAUCACCCAUGCCGAGAGGACCAGGCCGCCCACGCAGACCAGACAUGCAGUCAACACACUCUGUGACACCCAACAGCUACUGCGACUUUUGUCUGGGUGAUGUGAGUGAGAACAAGAAGAGCGGAAGGCCUGAGGAGCUGUUGUCUUGCUCUGACUGUGGAAGAUCAGGUCAUCCAUCAUGUUUACAAUUCACACCCAAGUUGACAUACAAUGUGAAGAAGUACCGAUGGCAGUGCAUUGAGUGUAAAUCAUGUACACUCUGUGGCACCUCUGAUAAUGAUGACCAACUGCUGUUCUGUGAUGACUGUGACAGGGGCUACCACAUGUAUUGUCUCAACCCACCAAUGGAUAAACCUCCAGAAGGUCACUGGAUGUGCAGCCUAUGUCGGCAGUCGACCAUGCCUCCAUUCAUGCAGAUGCAAAUGAUGCAUCCAUCUGCUACACCUUCCAUGUGAUCAGCCAAAAAUUCCCCUGCUCAGGCCAAUAGUCAGGAUAUUUAGCAAUAGUUCACUAAACCAUUUUGUGGGCCACUUUCUUUGAUCCCCCUCUAUCUACUAGACUCGACUUCCUGCUGUGUUCCUGCGAUCUUGGCCUGAUCACCCUAUCAUCACUAAGUAAAAGUCAAGGAAUGCUGUCUCACUUGUCGGCUGGAAAACUGAACUUUUAAGAUCAAACACCGCCCUCUCUCCUCAGUACCACUUUAAGAGUAGAUUGUAUUGUAUAUAAAAGCUGAAAAAAAGUUUAAAUCACAAACAAACAAUCAAAACUAGGACAUAAACAUGACAUGCAUAAACAAAUAAAAUAGUCUUUGAUAAAGCUGAGUGUGAAUAGUGAAAACUCAAAUCUUUAUAUAAAAAUUCUGAUAAAAUUA